ACACAAUGAAGUAUGUUGCAGCUGCGUUGUUAGUCGAGCUAGGUGGUAAUACUCCAUCAAAAACGAAUAUCAAAGAAAUUCUUCAAGCUGUCGGUUCCAAUAUUGAUGAUUCGAAGUUGCAAGAACUCCUCGAUAAGUUGGAUGGAAAAAAUAUUCAGGAACUCAUCGCUUCUGGAGUGGGUAAAUUGUCAUCAGUUCCUACUGGAGGUGCCGGCGCCCCAACUGCAGCAAGCGGAGACAGUGGUAAAGCUGUCAAGGCUGAAGUAAAGGAGGAAGUGAAAGAGGAGGAAGAGGAGGAAUCUGAUGACGACAUGGGAUUCGGACUCUUCGAUUAAACAUCUUUGUUUCAUUUGUUCAGAAUUUAAACAAUUUAAAUUUGAACUCCUCAA